CGAGGUUCCAUCGGUUCCAUCAUCAUCUCCUCAUUGUCUCAGCUUCCCUGCCCUGCUUCUUUUCUCUCUGUCCUCCUCUCUUUUACUGCCACCGAGUACUUCCUCACCCACCCCUCUGGAUGUAUCUCUCCGUAUACUUCCUUCCCCAUUCUCUCUCACCAUGAAUCUCCGUCGAGUGACCUCGCACAAUUUCCACACCUUUCGACAUCACUAUGUGUCGGAGGUCUCCGGCUCUCUGGGCGAUCUGGGCACUUUCCUGCCUAUUGCCAUCGCCCUCGCUGUCAAUGGCACUGUCUCUCUUUCGAGCACUCUCAUCUUCUCCGGUCUGUUUAACAUUCUAACAGGCCUCUUCUUCGGGAUUCCAUUACCCGUACAGCCCAUGAAAGCCAUCGCUGCCGUGGCCAUUGCUCGCACUUUCACCAACGGAGCCAUCGCCGCCGCCGGUAUUUUUGUCGGGGCUUGCGUCUUCCUCUUCAGUAUAACCGGACUCCUGAACUGGUUCGCCAAUGCCAUCCCCAUUCCCGUCAUCAAAGGCAUUCAAGUUGGAGCCGGUCUUUCCUUGAUCAUCGCGUCAGGGGGUUCGAUUCUCUCGUCCCUCGGAUGGCUAUACCCGUCCUGGACUGACAACCGCAUCUGGGCCGUGGCCGCCUUCCUGUUCCUGAUCAUCACCAACGUCUACCGCAACGUGCCCUACGCCCUGCUCGUCUUCAUCCUAGGGCUCUCGUUUGCAGUCAUCGGCAGUGCGCUGGCCUCCGACCUCCCCUCUCUCAUCUUCUGGCACCCCCAUACCGUCAUCCCAUCCGCCCACGAAUGGCGCAUCGGCGCUCUAGACGCGGGUGUCGGCCAGAUCCCCCUGACGACCUUGAACUCCGUCGUCGCCGUUGUUCACCUGGCUGGGGACCUCCUCCCAACCCUGGAGACCCCCUCCAUCACCUCCGUUGGCCUCAGCGUGGCUGGCAUGAACCUCAUCGGAUGCUGGUUCGGCGCAAUGCCCGUCUGCCACGGCUCCGGCGGUCUGGCGGCCCAGUACCGCUUUGGCGCCCGGUCCGGCGCCAGCGUCAUCAUCCUGGGGGCUCUCAAGCUGAUCAUUGGCGUCUUCUUCGGUGAGUCCCUCGUCGGCCUGCUGAAGCGCUUCCCCACCGCCCUGCUUGGCGUGAUGGUCAUCGCCGCCGGCCUGGAACUGGUCAGCGUGGGCGAGUCGCUGAACACCACCGGGGCGCGGGAUAUCCGCAAGGCAAGCCACGGGUUCGCCGGCGACGGCGCGCAGGAGAUCGGCCCGAUGCUGAGCGACUGGGAGCGGAAGCGCAGGUGGACCGUCAUGAUGGUCACCGUGGGGUUGUUGGUCGGGUUUAAGAACGAUGCCGUCGGCUUCGUGGCCGGCAUGCUCUGCCAUUGGGGGUAUGAGUUGCCGACGCUGUUUGAGCGGGCGCGGGAACGGUGGAAUCAGAGGCGGAUCCGGUUGGAGUGAUUGAGCUGAUAUUUUGGUUUGAUUCUCCGUUGUUUGACGACGAUUUUCUUUCUGGUAGUCGAUUGUCUCGAUGUCUGUAUAGUUGACCUCGGUGUAUAUACGCUUUUCGGGGGCAUUUUGGAUAUUUUUGCUCUGACCGAGAACACGAGAAAGAUGAGAUAUGAGUUGUAUGUUUUGCAUUUAUUGAUUUACGCAUGGGCUUGCGAUGGUACUGCACUUAUAAGAUUUGGCUUUGGCACGCGGCUACUCAUUGGUACAGUACAGAAGAUCCAGGCUGAAGUACGGAUCAGGGCCGAGGUGGUUGCAGUCUGAAUGUCAUAUCAGAUGUUAUGGUCUUGGGCAGCAAGCCUUUGGGCUCUGGAUACACAACCCAACUCUUAUAUAUACUGAAAUCAAGGAAUGUGGCCAAUUUGCUACCGAGU